AUGCUCUCCCUCCUCCGCACCAACACCUUCACCUUCACCGCGGCCGCUGCUGCGCGCCGCACACUCUCAACGUCCCAGGCGCGCGUAGACAUUGCCCGCAUCACGCUCGUCGGCUUCCUCGGCUCCGAUCCCGAGAUUGCGCAGCUGCCUGACGGCAGAGAGGUCAUGCGCUACGUUAUCGGCGUGUCCAAGUACCCCGGAAAGCCCGUAUCGUGGUUCAAGGUUGCGAAUUUCGAUCUGGAGGGCCGCGGAGGGAAGGAAUAUUUGGCAUCUAUGCCGAAGGGAACUCAGGUUUUCUUUGAGGGCGAUAUUAACUUGUCUGUUCGCGAGCUUGAGGAUGGGAAGAGGUUUACGGAUCACAAUAUCUACCAGCGCUCCAUCACGGCCCUCAAGCGACCAAAGGAGCGUACCACCGAGGAGGCGGAGGAGUAG